AUGCCCUUUCCACACAUAUUCAAGCGUUUGCUACAUUAUGAUGCCGAAGUAGCCAGGAAACUUGCAACCUCACCAUAUCAUCCAGUCAUUGUGGUUGGUGGAGGCCACGCAGGUAUAGAAGCGGCUACUGGAUCUGCACGUACAGGCGUCAAAACUACUUUGGUUACUCCUAAGUGGGAUAAUAUUGGAGCAACAAGCUGCAAUCCAGCCUUUGGAGGUAUUGGGAAAGGUACUUUGCUCAAAGAGAUCGAUGCAUUAGACGGAGUUUGCCCCAGAAUCGUCGAUCGAGCUGGUAUACAGUUCAAAAUUCUAAAUAGAUCCAGAGGUGCUGCUGUUUGGGGAUAUCGUGCACAAAUUGAUAGGGAUCUUUAUCAGAAAGAAAUGCAAAAUUUUGUAAAGAAAUAUGAAAAUCUGGAUAUUAUAGAAAACAAAAUUGAAGAUUUGAUUAUUGAGUUUCAAGAUGCCGAUCCAUUGGGACGCAAUAGCGGUAUUGUCAGGGGAGCUGUUCUAUCAAAUGGAGAGUUAGUUAAAUGCGAUCGAGUUGUUAUUACCACAGGCACUUUUUUAGGCGCUGAAAUACACCUUGGUAUGAAAUGUUGGCCAGCUGGAAGGAUAGAUGAAACUUCAAGUUUAGGGUUAAGUGAGACUUUUAAAAAAGUAGGAUUUAUGAUGGGUAGACUUAAAACUGGGACUCCUCCUAGAAUAAGUGGUAAGAGCAUCAACUAUGACUUAGUUACCAAGGAGUAUGGCGAUAAUCCACCAGAGCCGAUGAGUUUUUUGAACGAGAGACCCAAAAUUGCAGCUGAAGAGCAAGUACUUUGCUAUGGUACAUACACAAAACCAGAAGUUAAAGACAUCGUUAUGAACAACUUGCACAAAACUUUCCACAUCAGAGAAACUGUCAAAGGCCCAAGAUAUUGUCCCUCUUUGGAAAGUAAGAUUUUGAGAUUUGGUGAUAAGCCUCAACACAGAGUGUGGCUGGAACCAGAGUCCCUCAACAGAGAAGAAAACGACAUUAUAUACCCUAAUGGGAUUUCUAUGACUAUGCCUGAAGAUAUACAGUAUGAAAUCCUAAGGAAUAUUACAGGUUUAGAAAAUGUGGAAAUGUUGCAACCUGCUUACGGAGUUGAGUAUGACUAUGUGGAUCCAAGAGAAUUGAGCCGUACGUUGGAAACCAAACUUAUCUCGGGACUCUACCUAGCUGGUCAGAUUAAUGGUACUACCGGGUAUGAAGAGGCUGCAGCGCAAGGUAUCAUUGCAGGCAUCAACGCAGGAUUGCAUCAUCAAAAUGCCGAAAAAGACUUAGCUUUAGAUAGAUCAGAUGGAUACAUUGGAGUUCUUAUAGAUGAUCUUAUCACUAAAGGUGUCGAGGAGCCAUAUAGGAUGUUCACAUCGAGAUCCGAAUUUAGAGUUAGUGUGAGGGCUGAUAAUGCAGAUUUGAGAUUGACUGAACUAGGUAGGCAAGUAGGUUGUGUUAGUAAUACUAGGUGGGAAGUUUUCACUAAGGACAAACAACGCUUUGAGACGGCGGUUUCGAAGCUGAAAGAUUUUAAAUUAAGUAGUAGCAAAUGGAAUGACAUCUUAUCUGAAAUCAAUAUAGGAAAUGAUUCAAAACUCAAAUCUGCAUAUGAGAUUUUGAAGUAUAAGGGCUCAAACAUAAAUAGGAUUUUAGAAGUUGUCAAUGACUCGGAAUUGAUUAAAGAUAUGAACGAAAGAAUCAAAAUGAAGGUGUCAGUUGAAGGUAAUUACAGCGGCUACAUACGGAAAGAGAAAGAAUAUAUUAGGGCUUUCAAGGCUGAUGAAAACUUGAGACUUCCGGCUGGUUUUGAUUACAGGACAAUUCCAUCUCUAUCAGCUGAGGCGAUUGCCAAGUUAAAUGAAAACAGGCCUGAAACAAUUGGCCAGGCCAGAAGAAUCCAGGGAAUUACACCUGCUGCAAUAUUUGAACUGUACCGUAUAAGCAGAAAGUGA